AUGGCAAAUUUUCUACUUCUGUUGCUUUUCAAUGUGACGGUUGUUCUAGCGCAAUGCUAUUCGGCCCCUGUCAGUAUCGACGAUCCGAUUGCAGACGAUACAAUCGACACCGAGUACUUCCAAGCCAAUUUGCGCUAUGAAGGAGCUAGAAAACUCGAAUAUAUAUGCCAUGACAGAUACAAAAUCGAGCUGUACCGCAAAUAUUCAGAUAAUCAGCAAUACCCCAAGCCCUUUUACAGCAGAACUAUUACAGCCCCGGCAAGAAUUCUUGAGAUCCCUCCAUCAAGGCUGAAUCGCAUAAAACCCGAAGCGGAGUGGGAGGUUGAUUUCGUUUUCUGGACUCUGGACUUGGAAGGCGAUACGACAAAGUUGUCGGUUAUCCCUUUCACCUUGAGUGCCCCAGCCGCUACGUCUACUUCCGAUAUAUACAGCGAUACGAGUAUGGACACCGGCUUUCCAGUCAGCCAAACAACAACGGAAGCCAGCGCUUCAAUUAGCCAGAUGACAACGGGAGCCAGCAAGUAUCUCCCAGAACAGACCACAUUGCCAGAAGAAAAGAUGAGAAACGAAGAAGCCGGUAGCGGUGGUCUAUCAGAUGGAGCGAAAGCUGGCAUAGGUGUCGGGGUCAGUGUGGGCGUUUUGCUUUUACUCGGCGGAGCAUUCUUCUGGUUCUUGGCUUGGAAAAGGAAACCAAGUAACAAAGAUGAAACAAAUGAUGCCUCUUAG